AUGGUAUUAAACGUCCCGCCAUCGGCAGAGACACAGUCACCUUUAAGUAAUUUAUUGACUUUGGUGGCUAAGGAGCAUUUAGGGGAAGUUCCAGCAAUCAUUAUAUCGACCUUAAUAUCUCAUGGUAGAUUAACUGCAAAAGAGAUAAGUAGAAGAUCCAAAGUUCCUAUUAAGUUAGUUAAAACAACUUUGGUAUCUUUGAUCCAAUUAAACUGUAUGCUUUAUUGGGUAGAUAAAGAUAAAGUCGAAUAUCAGUUCCAAGAUACUGGAUUAUUUGUAUUUUUACAUAGUGGAGAGAUCAUUACCCAUAUUAAGAAUAAAUAUGAUGAAGAAUGUUGUGAAAUAAUUCAAAAUUUAAUACAGUUGGGUAACAUCAAAGUAUCAGAUUAUUUGAAAAGUUUUGAUGAUGAAACAAGAUAUUCAAGAAGUUUAAAAUUAUCACAAUUAUUUGGAGAUGGAUGGAUCAAAAUUUUACAACCUCAUGAUUUCAAUCCUUUAGAAGAUGUUUGGAAUAAAAUAUACCAUGAGACCACCAAAAAUGUUCCAAGAUCAGCCACUUUAAGUGAAGUUAAAAGAGUAGCUGAAAUAAAAGAAUUAUCAAAAGAAAAGUUAUCUCAUUUACUUGAAAAUUUACCUAAAGACUUAUAUACUACCGUAGAUGGAAUGAAAGGUUUGAAUCCAAAACUAUCUAUUGGAUUUAAUUUCAAAAGGUUUGAAAAAUUUUUAAGAUCUAAAGCUUUAAUAGCAUUAUGUGAAUCAAGAGUUGGAAGACUUAGUGCUGAAGUUUAUAAAGUGGUGUUGGAAAUUUUAGAAAAGCAAAGUCCUGAUCCUAAACCUUACAUUAAUGAAAUUGAUGGUAUAAUCAAUACUCCUGAAGAAAAACAAAGUAUAUUCGAGCAAAUCGAAAACAAAUUAAUAGAUAACAAAUCAUUAACUGCUAAAAUUCAUGAUAUUGUUAAAAAACUUCCUCAAACCAUUGAUUUAAAUAAUAGUAUAUUAACUCAUAAUUUUGUUAAACCUGCCACCAUUAAGAAAAGAGUGGUAAGUUUCAGUGAAAUUGAAAGAACCAUCAAAAAACCUAAAAUUAAAAUGGAAGAUAACGAAGCAAUUAUAGAAAUGGAUGAAGAUGAUAACGAUUAUCAUACUCCUACUAAUGGUGAUGGUAAUACCAAUUUGGUCAUUCAACAUCUCAAAUUAUUAGCAUUCUCCACCAAAAUUCCUUUCAUUAUGGAAAUAGGUAAUGGAAGUUUUACUGUUCCAUAUAAUAAAUUAAACGAUAUAGUAAAAGAGUAUACCUAUGAUGAAUUAAUUAAGAAAUCAUUAGGUGUGGAUUCUUUGAGAAUCUUAAGAUGCAUUCGAUCAUUGAAAUUAGUAGAUGAAAAAACUGUAUCUAACAGUGUAUUAUUAAAAGAAAAAGUCGUCAGAAAUGAAAUCUAUAAAUUAAUUCAAUUAAAUGUUAUUGAAAUUCAAGAAAUUCCAAGAAGUAAUGAUAGAGCAGCUCUGAAAACAUUUUUUGCAUUCAGAUACAAAAAUCAUUCAAACUAUCAAUUUUUGAGAAAUUCAUUGAUCCAUAACAUUUCAUCUAUUUUACAUAAUAUUGAAGAUUUUAAAUUUCAACAUAAAUCUUUAUUAGAGAAAUGUCAAAGAGAAGAUGUUAAAGGCAAUGAACAAGAAUUAUUAUUGGAAUCAGAAUUAAGAAUCUUGAAUCAGUUACAAUCAAGAGAAAUCAAUAAUAUUGGGAAAUUGAAUAGAUUAUUAUCAUUAUUGGAAAUAUUUAAUUAG